UGCAUGCGUGUGUGAGCGUAGUCGUCGCGAGCGUGGUGGUAGGCAGUAGGCUGAAAAUGGCCGUGUACGCGUACAGCUCCGCCACAGAGUUUACCGAUCCCCGCGAGAGAUAACUCCCGUGCGGAUCGCGACGGAACGUAGUCACACACGCGCGUGUGUAAAUAGUGCACCGUGUUCCGUCUGUGUUGUUUUUUUUUUCUCUCUUUCUCUCCCUGUUCCUUCCAGCUCCGCGAAAUGAGACGCGCAGCGUCAACCAGAUAGCGGCUACAUUCCGGCGGAUUUUGCAGCGACCGAGCGCGCAGGAGGGGGAGGAAAGUAAUUGUCGUGUCCAGGAUCCCCCGGGGGACCAGAGCAUCCUGUCACCGAUCGCAGAAUUUCGAUUCAAUAUUCUCUGUGUAUUUGAUUGUUGGAGAUUGUCAGCAAUGGGUCGCACUCUUCUUACCUGUGUACACAGUAAUUUGAACGUAGCGAUAGUCAAUUAAGAAGCGCGACUUGGAGUUUACAAAAAUGCGGGAGUGGUGCGACACGGUCCCCUGGUAUCCAGCAGGGAUCUAAAAAAAGAUAUACCUGUGUUUCAAGAACUUAUCUCAAUAUAGUAGAUAUUAAAAAUAAUGCGGACUAUAUAAAGCGACAUUGUUUUUAAACGUACCACAUAUCGCAGUGCUGAAAAAUGGUUACUGAGCUCUUUUGAGCAUUAGCUGAAGUUAUAUUUUACUAUAAAUUUAAUACAGUUGUUAAUAGUUACGUUUUGUACAGUGAAGAGUGUUGUUAAAAGAUUUCCAGUGUGUUCAAAUUGCAAUAGUAGUCUGGUUUGAUUGCAAGUAUAUUGAGAUAUACAUAGUUGUCAAAAUGUCGUUCUUAUCAAAUCUGAAGAAGGCUUUCCACUUUGGUGGUAACGAUGCAAAGAAGAAAAAAUUGUAUAAUAACAUUAAGAUGGACUGUAAUCCGGAAGAGUUUUGGGAAAUGGUAGGCGAACUGGGAGAUGGUGCAUUUGGUAAAGUUUACAAGGCACAACAUAAGCAAUCCAAUCAGCUUGCUGCUGCGAAAAUGUGCGCUUUGGAGGGAGAGGACGAUCUUAGCGAUUUUAUGAUUGAAAUCGAUAUUUUGUCGGAAUGCAAGCAUCCUAAUGUCGUUGAAUUACACGAAGCUUAUUUCAUUGAAGGAAAAUUAUGGAUGUUAAUUGAAUAUUGUGACGGUGGUGCUGUGGAUUCUAUAAUGGUCGAGUUGGAGAAGGCGCUAACGGAAAUGCAAAUAGCGUAUAUCUGCCAACAUAUGACUAAAGGUCUUGCCUUCCUACACAAAUCCAAAGUCAUACAUAGGGAUUUAAAGGCAGGGAAUGUCUUAUUGACCAUGGCGGGAGGUGUUAAAUUAGCUGAUUUCGGGGUAUCCGCAAAGAACAAGCAUACUCUGCAGAAGCAUGAUACGUUUAUUGGUACUCCUUACUGGAUGGCACCUGAGGUUGUCUUAUGUGAAACAUUUAGGGAUAAUCCUUACGAUUUUAAAGUGGAUAUUUGGUCUCUUGGUAUAACUCUUAUAGAGUUUGCACAAAUGGAGCCACCGAACCAUGAAAUGUCACCAAUGCGAGUGCUACUUAAAAUACAGAAAGGCGAUCCGCCGAAACUGGAUCAGCCUGGAAAAUGGAGUAAGGAAUUUAAUGAUUUUAUUGCUAAAGCACUUAUAAAGGAUCCGGCCACGCGACCCACAGCUGACGAUUUGUUAAAACAUCCAUUCAUAAGCCGAAAUUUAGAUCCAAAACCUGUCAGAGACUUGUUACUUGAAUAUAAGGCGGACGUUGUUGAAGAGGAGCUGGUAGAUGAGGAAGCAGAGAAGGCCAAAAAAACGAAAAAACACAGAGAACAGUAUCAGCGAAUUGGCUGUGCAUGCGGUUCUCCUGGCCCUCGCCAGCCCAGUACGCAUCAGGAGCAGCGCACGUCUCAGCUUCCGCUGGAGCUGGAUCAAAUCACAGAUGACUCCGCUUCUACGCGCCUUGAUGCUGACGUUAAAAUUUCCGAAAAAGAGAAUCUCGUAGCAUUGCCUGCGAAGAAAGAAGAGAGUCAUAAACGCGAGAUCAACCGGGACGGUGAGAAAGAGGACAAGAAUAAGAGAUUACGCAAGGCUGAAUCCAAAGAAAACAUACAGCCUCCUGUGGAGAAGAAGCAGGCACCUAAGCCACCAAGUGAAACAAAUGAGCGCAGAUUAUCUCGAGAUAAAGGACCAGCGCCUCCGCCACCACCUAUACGUCAAGAUAGCGAAGAGAAGAAGAGAAAAGACGAAGAAAGAGAAAACAUUCCGAAAAUUGCCGAGAAGAUCACAAACCUAACUGAUAAGCAGAGAUCUGUGGAAGACAAAUCGCAAAUAAACAAACCACAAAAUGAAAAAACGGCAAAGCAACAGGUGACAAAUGUUAAAGAACAAAAGAAUUUAGAAAUCGAAAACCAGACGCAAAAUGAAUUAGACGGUUCCGACAAGAUAAAGAAAGUCGAUAGUGAGGGUAACGGCAAAUUAUUCGAUAAUAUAAAAAGAUUUGAAAAUCAGAAGUUAAUAAACAAUAAAUCGAGUUCCACUUCGAAGAAACAAUUGGGGAUAAAUGAAAAACGCAAAUCAGCGCCUGUGAAACCAGAAAUGAUCGAAGACUUAUCUAAAAUAAUAUAUAAACAAUCGUCUUUUGAAGAUAAAGACAGAAUGAAAAAUAAAUUGUUAUCCGUUGAUGACGUAUCGAAUUACGAAUUGCAAUCUCGAGAGAAGGAGGAUUUCAAGACUUUGGAAGAAAAACGGAAAUCUGUUGGUGAAAAACUGAACGCCGUAUUAGAGAAGCGAUUAUCCAUGGACUCUGGGAAGAGAAUGAAUGACGGUUCUAUGGAAACAUUGAAACACAUAUCCGUUGCAUCGACGCUCCUGUCGGAAAAGAAUAACAUUAAAGCUAGUUCUACGGAAGAUAUUAAGACGCAGUUUGGCGUAACGAAGACUGAGAGUUCUACGAAGAGUCGUAGUGCAGGAUCGUCCAGAAAUGAUUCUUUGGAAAGCUUUUCGGACGAAUUGCAUGCUAAAACGGAUAGUAAUAAGACGGAAAAUAAUCAAGAGAACACAACGAAUGAUGACAAGCUCUUGGAGAAACAGGAUCCGGGAAUUAAUGUGUCCGUGAUUACGUCGACGCCGAUCAGAAGCAGAAGUGGUUCGAGGAGAAGUAGCGGAGAUAACAUAGUCGUUAUUACUGGAAAAGCUCAACCCGAACAAGAAGUACGCUUAAAUACAUCGACCGUCCAUAUUACUGCCGAUUCGCCGGAUAUGUCCAACAGUUUAGCAAGUAACAUAAGCCAAGUAACUGUUGUGACGACGCAUCCACCCGUAUUAGUCGAUGCGCCUUCGGCCACAACGACGACGCCUCUUCCACGCCGCAUCUCACCGACAUCGGAAGUUGUCAUUGUUGCCAACGAGAUGAACAAAACUCAGGUGAAUGAUAGUUCUAUUGACGACGACGCGUUUCCUAGUCUGGAUAGUCUAGAAUACACGCCACAGGAACAGCCUAUUGUACUUACUGAUGUGUCUAAGAGAAUUGGCAAGAAGUUGGACGAGUCGGAGGUAGUCAUAGUGAGUUCUAUCGUGGACGAAUUGCAGGAUACCAGUCACGUCUCAGUGGUUACUGUUGGCGAGGACAAGGAGCAGGUGAAAGACUCGUCGAUAUCAAAGAAACACAAUGUUAUUCGUACCGGCUCGUCUCAUAGUGAUCUGAGUUCGAAUGAGAGAUUAAGCUUGAAAAGCGACAGCGGAGACGAGAGUGGAAAAGUGAUAGUCGCCAGUACGACCAUUGAGUCUCCGGAUAUGGACGAUUACGAGAGAAAUGCGAAGAAGCUAAACGGAUUGAUCAAGAAUGAAAUGCCACAUCAUGCCGACGAUAGAAUUGUGAAAACGGUUAAACCUAAAGAAGUCAAUGUCAAGGGCUUUAGUAAAGAGAAACGAGUUUCUCCGGAUAGCUUCGAGGGCUCCAGAUCCCAAAGUGAUUCUAGUUCUAUAAGAUCCCAUACUCCGAGUAAAAGCAUCGAUCGUUCCGACGCUGAAUCUAUUUCGACAACAAUCAGUCAGGACAGUAGAGAAUCGAACAAAGAAAAUCGCUUGAAUCAACCUCAACAUUCAGAAGUUGACGAAGAAGUCGUUCUUCGUCGAAAACCUGAUUAUAAUCGUGAGAUAUCUCGGCCAACUAGGACAAAGGAAGAUAUACAGAUGAUGAAUCUAAAGAAAAAGACAAGAAAGCGAACGAGAAAGUUUGAGAUUGACGGUGUCAUGAUGACGACGACGACCUCGAAGGUGAUAUACGGUGAUGACGAGAACGGUAAGGUGUACGACGAUCAAAUAUUCAGGAAGCAAGAGUUGCGGGAAUUAAAAAUGUUGCAGAAGAUGGAACAGAAACAAUACCAAGAUCUAUCUCAGAAGGCACAAUUCAACAAAGACCAACAAGAGAAGCGGUUCGAGCAAGAACGGCAACUCUUGGAGCGUAGCGCCGAGGCAGAUUUAGAAACGCUCGCUCGACAGCAAAGACAGCAAAUUGAACGUGCCGAGGCACAGCAAGAGGUUGAUCUGCGACUAGCGUCCAAAAAGAUUCGUAGUGAACAGGAGAGAGAACUCAAGCAAUUCCGAGAGGGCCUGAAACAAGAAUUGAGAUUGCUCAAGCAAGAAAUAGACUUGAUGCCAAAGGACAAGCGGAAGAGCACGUUUAAAAUACGAAAAGAGAAGCUCGAAGCGGAGCACGAGGAUCGAGAGAAGCUUUUCUUGGAGAAGCUUAACGAGAGUCACGAAAUGUCGCUGAGACGACUGUCAGACAGUCAUCGCGAGAAAAUCGCGUUGAUGGAGCGACAGUUCUUGCAGCAGAAACAGCAACUGAUGCGCGGUAGAGAGGCUGCUAUCUGGGAGCAGGAGGAACGACAAAUACAUGAGCGACAACAAUUACUCAAGAAGCAACUCAAGGAUAUCUUCUUCCUGCAGAGACAUCAGAUGCUCAUACGGCACGAGAAGGAGCUAGAACAGAUGAAGAGGAUGAAUCAGAGAAAGGAGGAGGAGCUGAUUAAACGACAAACGGUAGAACGCAGAAAUUUACCGAAGAGAAUUCGCAAUGAGAUGAAGGCGCGUGAGAUGAUGUUCCGAGAAUCGAUGAGGAUCUCGAUGUCAUCUGUACUCGCGCCGGAUCCCGACGCCGAGCGGGAAAAACUGAAGAAGUUCCAGGAAAAUGAGAAGAAAAGGUACAGGGCGGAACAGCAGAGAUUUGAGCUCAAGCAUUCCAGACAGCUCGAAGAGGUGAGAGCUCAGAGUGAUGCCACGAUCAAGGAAUUGGAGCAAUUGCAGAAUGAAAAACGAAAGAUGUUGAUGGAGCAUGAGACACUCAAGUUGAAGGAACAAGAAGAGGCCUACGGCAGAGAAAUUCGUGAGUGGAAGGCGCUACUUAAGCCACGAAAACAGAAACUUGAAGAACAGUUCGCGUUACAAUUGGAGGAGCAGGAGGCGAUUUACGGACCAAGUGCGAUACCAUUAUGCUUACCGGCCGAUCUUCCCGACUUGACACAUCAUACGACUGAGUCUACACGUAGCUCAUUGUCUUCCGUAAGCGAGGGUUGAAACGGCGUUCGAGGAUCCGACAGAACUUGUAUAAUCCAUAUAAUUCCAUGUUUGAAUGUCCUCAACUAAAACGCGUAGGACGAUCGAUGCUUUGUAAUAUCAAUUGUUGCCGCAACUCGUUCGCUAUAUAUAUAUAUAUAUAUAUAUAUAUAUAUAUAUAUAGGAUGUCUUGGAUUUAUCGAAUAUCCGCUGAAGGAUUCUUCGGAUACGACUACUUUGAAACCUAUUUUUCUUCUUUUUUUAAAAAAGAUGUCAGUAGGUCAAUAAACUUAUUUAUGAAAAUAUGCCGAAAAAUAUGCGGCGCAGAUGAGACAUCUUGCUAUAUAUAUAAUUCAAAGAGUUUCGUGUACAUAGAAUUCCGAUGAAUUGUUUAAAUAUUUAGGAACUGUAGUAUAAAUAUUAUGUUGCAAUGA